AUGGAUGUCUGGAAGAUAAGGCGACGAAGUGAGUUGUACGCUGCUCUCAGGCCAGGAGGAGUUGGCAGCACCAUCCUGAACAAACAUGGCAGCACAGUCUGGUCUCAAAACGAUGUCCAAGACAACCAGAGAUGCACAAAAAUGGCUUCUGAUGAAGAUGAAGUGCGGAUCCUGGUCGUGGGAGUCAGAGGUCAGUCCAGAUUCGUCGCUGCAGAUCUUCUGUCAGGAAGGAAAGACGGUGGACAGGAGGACAGAGAGAUUGUAAAGACUCCAGUAAUUACAGACGAGGCUCGUAGAGUGAUGCUGGUCACUGGACCAAACCUCUGUGAGGAGGACACGGCGAGACAGACCUUCACAACAGCGCUGUUUCUCUCGUCUCCUGGACCUCACGCCGUUUUAAUGGUCCUGAAUCUGGAAGAUCAACAAUCACAACAGUGUGAUAUUGAGAAACGAGCCCAGGAGCUGCUGGGAGCAGAAGUCCUGCAGUACUGCAUUGUUCUUCUGCUCCAAAAUCACCAGGAACCUUUCACAGGAGCGUCCAGAGGGAUUGCUGGAGAAAUGAUCAACGCUUGUGGAGGAAGAUUUCACAUCAUAAGAGACUCUGAACCAAAACCUGCUCAAAGAGCAGCUCUCGUAGAAGAAGUAGAGAAGUUAGUUCAACUCAAUGAACACAGAUUUUACUCAGUAUUGACACAACAGUUACGAUCAGAAAGGCUGGAGUGA